UACAGAAAGCCGAGUCCCGAGCUAGGGCGAGCGGAGGAGGAGGCACAGCGGCCGGCGGCCCAGCACUGCGGAGCGAGCCAGCGGGCCGGCGCCAGCGCCUAGCAGCCGCCAGGGGCCGCAGGAAGCACCCCGGGGAGCGGCGGCGGCGUGUGCGUGUGGCCCGGGUGCGGGCGGCGGCGCGGGAGCAGCGCGGAGCGGCAGCCGGUUCGGGCGGGCGUCAUCAUGGACGAGAAGUUGUUCACCAAGGAGCUGGACCAGUGGAUCGAGCAGCUGAACGAGUGCAAGCAGCUCUCCGAGUCCCAGGUCAAGAGCCUCUGCGAGAAGGCUAAAGAAAUCCUGACGAAAGAAUCCAAUGUGCAAGAGGUUCGAUGUCCAGUCACUGUGUGUGGAGAUGUGCAUGGGCAAUUUCAUGACCUCAUGGAACUCUUUAGAAUUGGUGGUAAAUCACCAGAUACAAAUUACUUGUUUAUGGGAGACUAUGUGGACAGAGGAUAUUACUCAGUUGAAACAGUUACACUGCUUGUAGCUCUUAAGGUUCGUUACCGUGAGCGUAUCACCAUACUCCGAGGGAAUCACGAGAGCAGACAGAUCACACAAGUUUAUGGUUUCUACGAUGAGUGUUUGAGAAAAUACGGAAAUGCAAACGUUUGGAAAUACUUCACAGACCUUUUUGACUAUCUUCCUCUCACUGCCUUGGUGGAUGGGCAGAUCUUCUGUCUACAUGGUGGUCUGUCACCGUCCAUAGACACACUGGAUCACAUCCGAGCACUUGACCGCCUCCAAGAAGUUCCUCAUGAGGGUCCAAUGUGUGACUUGCUGUGGUCAGAUCCAGAUGACCGUGGUGGCUGGGGGAUAUCUCCUCGAGGAGCUGGUUAUACCUUUGGCCAAGAUAUUUCUGAGACAUUUAAUCAUGCCAAUGGUCUCACGUUGGUGUCCAGAGCUCACCAGCUGGUGAUGGAGGGAUAUAACUGGUGCCAUGACCGGAAUGUAGUAACAAUUUUCAGUGCUCCAAACUAUUGCUAUCGCUGUGGUAACCAAGCUGCAAUCAUGGAACUUGAUGACACUCUUAAGUAUUCUUUCUUGCAGUUUGAUCCAGCGCCUCGUAGAGGCGAGCCACAUGUCACUCGUCGUACCCCAGACUACUUCCUGUAAUGAAAAUUUAAACUUGUACAGUAUUGCCAUGAACCGUAUAUUGACCUAAUGGAAAUGGGAAGAGCAACAGUAACUCCAAAGUGUCAGAAAAUAGUUAACAUUCAAAAAACUUGUUUUCACACGGACCAAAAAGAUGUGCCAUAUAAAAAUACAAAGCCUCUUGUCAUCAACAGCCGUGACCACUUUAGAAUGAACCAGUUCAUUGCAUGCUGACGCGACAUUGUUGGUCAAGAAUCCAGUUUCUGGCCUAGCGCUGUUUGUAGUUACUUUUGCUUUCUCGAGAGACUGCAGAAAUAGGAUGUAAACAUUAACACCUGGGAGUCCAGUCGCCUUCCACUUAGCUGUAGCUUACUCAGCAUGACUGUAGAUGAGGAUAGCAAACAAUCAUUGGAGCUUAAUGAACAUUUCUCAAUAAGUACCAAGGCCUCCCCUCUUGUUUUGUUUCUUUUCAGGGAUACCAUUUAAUUUAAUUGUAUGAUUUGUCUGCACUCAGUUUAUCCCCUUCUCCAAUCUCAGCCCCACGUUGUUCUUUGUUACUGUCAGAAAACCUGGUGAGUUGUUUUGAACAGAACUGUUUCCUCCUGUAAGAUGGUGUCACUGCCCAAGUCACCGCAGUGUUUUCAUAAUAAACUUGAGAACUGAGA